AUGGACGAGUCGGCGUUGGAGCGAUACUUUGACGACUCCAUUGCAAAUGACUCCAGCUUUUUGUUGGGGGAGGAGCCUGGUCUCCAAGACCCCGCCCAAUCCCAUCACUCUAGGAAGGCGGAGCCGGGUGCACAGCAGGGGGAGGAGCUGGACCUGAGUUUCCUGCCUGAUGAGCUCACCACACGGGAAGACACAGCUGAAGCAGCAGAACGUCCAACUGCAGCUGUGGACACGUCUCAGGACAGCGGUGUCUGUCCAGACUACAAUUCCCAGGAAUCGAUAGCAUCAGACUUCCAUAAGGAGGCGUCCACAUCAGGAAUGGGGAUCAUCAACUCCUCCUUUUGUCCCAUGACUCCUAUGACCCCCAUGACCCCCAUGACCCCUGUGACAGAGAGAUCAGGGAUCAUCCCACAGUUACAGAACAUUGUCUCCACCGUGAACCUGGGUUGUCCUCUGGACCUGAAGUUCAUCGCUCUUCAAGCCAGAAAUGCUGAAUACAACCCAAAGCGCUUUGCGGCCGUCAUCAUGAGGAUCCGAGAGCCUCGAACCACGGCGCUGAUCUUCAGCUCGGGGAAGAUGGUCUGCACAGGGGCCAAGAGUGAGGAGCAGUCUCGGCUGGCAGCCAGGAAAUACGCCCGGGUGGUGCAGAAGCUCGGUUUCCCCGCUCGCUUCAUGGACUUUAAAAUCCAGAACAUGGUGGCCAGCUGUGACGUCUUUUUCCCCAUCAGGCUGGAAGGACUGGUUCUGACCCAUCAGCAGUUCAGCAGUUAUGAGCCCGAGCUGUUUCCAGGCCUCAUCUACCGGAUGGUGAAACCUCGCAUCGUUCUGCUCAUCUUUGUUUCUGGGAAAGUGGUUCUGACUGGAGCUAAAGAACGAGCUGAGAUCUACGAAGCGUUUGAAAACAUUUAUCCGAUCCUGAGAGGCUUCAGGAAACAGUGAAGACAUCACUUCCUGUUCAUUUAUACACAACUGUAUAUAUGUAUAUAUGUAUUUAUUUUGUGUUGAAUGUGUCACCAUUCUGAAAAAAAUAAAUGUUUUGUGAA